UAUAAGCUUUGUAAAGCAUUAAAAAUACGAAAUAUAUUGUUUGGGGCAUAGCGGUUUCCUUAGCAACCUCAGGCGUGGGGUUGUUUGAGGAAAUGAAACUGCAUGAAGCAUGGCUGUUCAACAUUGGGCAGAUACUUUAAGGAAAGCCAAGAAAACUGCCUUAAUAUCUGAUGGGAAAAGGAAAGUUCAUUAUCUGUUUGAGGAUGGCAGUGAGAUGGCUGAGGAGUAUGACCUGAAAACAGAUGAACUUGUUUUGCGAAAGUUGCGACAAAAAAGCACUUUUGGAGGCCAGGGACAGUGGACAUUGGAAGUUGGUGAAACAAACCCAAACGGUGUUACCUCUGAUUUAAUCAAAGAGAGCAGUUCAAAUCCAAUGUUUAUGCGUAGGGACACAAAGACCAGUUUCCAAUGGAGGAUCCGCAAUAUUUCUUACCCUGUUGAAGUGUACAGUGUUUCAGCAGAGCCGACGGAAAGAUGUUGUGUCGUCCGAACCUCAAACAAAAAGUACUAUAAGAAGUUCAGUAUUCCAGAUCUUGACCGUUGCCAGCUGCCUUUGGAGAGCACAGCCUUGAGUUUUACCCACGCCAACAACACUUUAAUCAUCAGCUACAAGAAGCCCAAGGAGAUUAUAACACUGGAACAGGAGCUGCUUGGGGAACUGAAGAAACUAAAGGGGACAAGUGAAGGAGAUAUCGACUGUAAAACUCAGUGAACUGCCGUGGAUCCGAAGCCUUUGUGUUAUUGUGUUUGUCUGUUUCUUCACAUUCAUUUAGACACUUUGGCACAUUUCUAUGGUAUGUUUUUGUCAGCCUUGUAUGUCCAAGAAACUCACUUUCAACAUGUGAUCUUUGUUUUUUUUUUUCAAUAUAAAAUUUCAAAUGUUAAUGCUGAUUGAUGUUCCUACUGUACAGUUGUUAUUUGAGUCUAAAUAAUAAAUAUUACUGAUAAAAAUAAAUUAGUAGUAGUAGUAAUGUUAUAUACUAAGGUUAUUACUAAGAUAAGACGUUUGCUUUAUUCCCGCUAUUUCCACGCUAUAGCUUAAAAAAAUCCUAAUCAUAAAAUAAAUAUAGUAGAUGCAAAAAAAAAAAAAGUAAAAAUAAAAUGUAUGAAGAAUGCAUACAAUUAUUCAGUGCAAUCGGCAGCAUGGCAGACCAGCACUCAUUCAGUAAAUGUACAGCUGAAGAGCAAAUUCAUAAAUUGACUGCUUAUGCAUCUACAAGUUGUACAGUUGUAUUAUUAUUAGAGAUUCAUCAACAAAUUUCUAUUACAUGAAGGUCACUGAACUUACUGCCGUCUUGACUUGUCCGUUUUCUUGAAGUGCAUCGUGGGAAAAUUAAAUAUUUGAUUCAACUGGGUUCCUUGAUUUUAUCUGCAUUCACCUCAUGUUUAUGUAU